UGCAUCUUGUAUCUGUGGUGGCUCAAAUUACAAAAUAUAUUUUAAAAAUUAUGGAUUUUUUAAUUUUCCACAUAGUCAAUCAAAUUAUUGUUUUACAAUUUCAAGAAUCAGAAGAAAUAUCAACAAAUAAAGACCGUUUUUUAAGAAUGGCAUCCACUGAUGUAAUUGGACAAGUUUUAUCAGGGACACUAGUGGCUAAACAGCUUACAGAUAAACUCACCCAAGAUGUAGCCAGACUUAAACAACGACUACCGGGCUUUGAGCCCGGUUUAGCAAUUGUUCAAGUCGGUGGUCGAGAGGAUUCAAAUGUCUACAUUAGAAUGAAAAUUAAAACUGCUUCUCAAAUUGGUAUUAAAGCACUUCAUGUUAAAUUACCUCAAACUACAACUGAAGGAGAGCUACUUUCAAAAUUGGAAGCGCUAAACGAUGAUCCCAACAUUCAUGGCAUUAUAGUACAAAUGCCUCUUGAUUCAACUACCAAAAUUGACUCUCAUUUAAUUACAGACGCAGUAUCACCCGAAAAAGAUGUAGACGGUUUAAAUACUUUAAAUGAGGGUCGAACGGCCGUCGGUGACUUAUUAUCUUUCAUACCUUGCACCCCUAAUGGCAUUAUGGAACUUAUUAGACAUACCGGAAUCAAAGUUGAAGGUGCCGAAGCGGUAGUUUUGGGAAGGAGUAAAAUUGUGGGUACUCCUGUUGGUGAACUUUUAAAAUGGGCUCACGCUACUGUAACAAUUUGCCACUCAAGAACUAAAAACUUAGAAGAAACGUGCAAAAGAGCCGAUAUUUUGGUGGUAGCGGUAGGAAAACCGGGAUUGGUAAAAGGAAGUUGGGUCAAGAAGGGGGCUGUGGUGAUUGACUGUGGCAUCAACGCUAUUCCAGAUCCCACCAAAAAAUCCGGCCAAAAACUCGUCGGCGAUGUCGAUUAUGAAUCCGCCAGCAAGGUAGCCUCCUACAUCACACCAGUUCCUGGAGGUGUAGGCCCCAUGACUGUGGCUAUGUUAAUGAAAAACACUGUACAAAGCGCUCAAAAAGCUGUCAACACGCUAUUAAAUGCAAAAUGGAAUUUGCGUAUUAUUCACAUGAAACCCCAAAAACCAGUCCCAAGGGACAUCGAUAUAGCUCGAGCACAGCAACCCGUUAAUAUUCAGAGUUUGGCACAGGAUAUCGGAUUAUACCCCAGCGAAAUCAUUCCCUAUGGAAACACCAAAGCUAAAAUUUCUUUGUCGGUUUUAGACCGACUGAGUGAUCGGAAGAAUGCGAAAUACAUAGCGGUUGUAGGGAUGACACCAACACCGUUGGGAGAAGGCAAAACCACAGUAUCGGUUGGUUUAGCACAAGCUUUGUGUGCCCAUAAGGGCUACAAUGCGAUUGUGACUUUGCGACAGCCUUCUUUAGGCCCAACAUUUGGCAUUAAAGGAGGUGCAGCGGGUGGUGGCUAUGCCCAAGUGAUUCCAAUGGAAGAUUUUAACUUACAUUUAACGGGAGAUAUACAUGCCAUUACUGCCGCUAAUAACUUAUUAGCAGCUCAAAUUGACGCUAGAAUUUUCCACGAAGCUACACAAACCGAUACAGCUUUAUUCGAUCGUUUGGUACCAACACUAAAAGGAACUCGAAAAUUUUCCCCAAUACAGCUGCGACGACUUAAAAGACUUGGCAUUAAUAAAACCGAUCCUAAUUCUUUAACACCUGAAGAGAAAACCAAAUUUGCUCGAUUAGAUAUUGACCCAAAAUCGAUAACUUGGAAGAGGGUCUUAGAUAUCAGCGAUAGGCAUUUACGUAAAGUCACUAUUGGACAAUCCCCAACAGAAAAAGGUCUCACACGCGAAACCAGUUUUACGAUAGCUGUAGCAAGUGAGUUUAUGGCAAUCCUUGCAUUGGCUGCAGACAUGCAAGAUUUGAAAAAACGAGUAUCUAAUGUUGUUAUUGGUUUCAACAAAAAGAAGGAACCUGUAACUGUUGACGAUUUGGGGGCUACGGGGGCUGUUACAGUCCUUCUCAAAGACGCAAUGCAACCAAAUUUGAUGCAAACAUUGGAGGGAACUCCUGUUUUGGUUCACGCGGGGCCUUUUGCUAACAUAGCUCAUGGAUGUUCGUCAGUUGUAGGCGAUAAAAUAGCCUUUAAACUGGCUGGUGAAAGUGGCUAUGUUAUCACAGAAGGAGGUUUCGGAUCUGAUAUCGGAAUGGAGAAACUGUUUGAUAUUAAAUGUCGCACCUCAGGGGAUGCCCCUGAUUGUGUUGUAUUAGUAGCAACAAUUCGGGCGUUGAAAAUGCACGGGGGUGGCCCCGCUGUCACUCCUGGAGCACCCCUCAAACCUGAAUAUACCCAGGAAAAUGUCGAACUAUUGGAAAAGGGACUUCCUAACUUAAUUAAACAUAUAAGCAAUGGAAGAAAAUUCGGGCUUCCGGUUGUUGUCUGUAUAAAUCAAUUUGAAAAUGACACUGAGGCUGAAAUCCAGUUGGUCCAAAAAGCAGCAAAGGAAAAUGGCGCCUUCGACGCUGUUCUCAGCAACCACUGGGCCGAAGGAGGAGCUGGGUCUGUCAAACUAGCGGAAGCAGUCGUUAAAGCUUGCCAACAACCCAGUCAAUUCAAACUUUUAUACGACUUGAACAAAACUUUAGAUGAGAAAAUUCAAACAAUUGCGAGGGAAAUGUACGGGGCUGGGAAAGUCACCUACACUCCUGAAGUAUCAGAAAGAUUGAAACUUUACGAAGAAAGGGGUUACGGGAAAUUACCAAUCUGCAUGGCCAAAACUUCAAUGUCCUUUACCGGGGAUCCGAGCAUUAAAGGGGCACCAACUGGGUUUGAGCUGAAAGUCUCCGAUAUUAGUGUUUCCGUGGGUGCGGGAUUUGUUGUUCCAAUUGCAGGAGAGAUCUCCACAAUGCCAGGGCUGCCAACAAGGCCUGCGUUGUAUGAUAUCGAUUAUAAUAUUGAAACCGGAGAAAUCGAAGGAUUGUUUUAAUCGAAUAUAUCAAAUGUUAAAAAUUUAUAGGUGACAAGGGUGACGCUGCUAUUUUGUAUAAAUAAUAAAAUAUCUAUAAACGA